AGAUCAGCUCAUGUUCAACUGGAUCCACUUGAUAUUCAACAGCAGAUAUAGAUCUAUUUUGAGCAGAAAUGGCAGCGACUGAAGCUAUCCCAAAUCAGAGUGUGGUGGAGAGGGUGAGCAGCCUUCCUCUGGUGAGCUCCACCUACAGCCUGGUCUUCAGCGCCUACUCCAACACCAAGGACAACCACCCCUACAUCAGGACCAUGUGUGAGGCUGCGGAGCAAGGGGUCCGCACCAUCACCUCUGUGGCCGUCACCACCGCCUCCCCCAUCAUCGGGAAGCUGGAGCCUCAGAUUGCCAUUGCCAAUGACCUCGCCUGUAAAGGUUUGGACAGGAUUGAGAAAACCUUGCCAAUUCUUCACCAGCCUUCUGAGAAGAUUGUUUCCAGCGCCAAGGAUGUUGUAAUCGGUGCGAAAGAUGUUGUGACGGGCAGGAUGUCCGGGGCCAAGGACACCGUGUCUGAUACCCUGAGCAGCGUGGUGGAGAAGACCCGGGGCGCCGUGCAGGACGGGAUGGAGAAGACCAAGGCUGUUGUCAGCGGGAGUGUGAGCACGGUGCUUGAAAGCAAAGUGGUGCAGCUGGUCAGCAGCGGCGUGGACUCGGCCCUCAGCACAUCCGAGGACCUGGUGGAGCAAUAUUUGCCUGUGACUGAGGAUGAAAAGGAGCUGGAGGCCGAAGUCGUGAGUGACUUUGAAAAUCAGCAAAGCUACUACGUCCGUCUGGGUUCCCUCUCGUCAAAGCUGAGAAAACGGGCGUACACCAGAGCCGUGGCCAGAAUACAAGAUGGCAAGAAGCGCAGCAUGGGAUUCAUCUCCGAGCUGCACUCCACCGUCGACCUGAUUGAAUAUGGAAGAAAGAUCAACAACGCCAACCAGAUGGUGAACAACAAGCUGAAUACUCUGGUGUCGUGGAAGUCCAGUGCUCCGGUGCAGGAGAACGGCCACCAGGCAGAGGUAAUAGAGUCUCGCACUCUGGCCAUUGCACGUUCCCUCACCCAGCAGCUCCAGACCACCUGCCUGGUCCUCGUCUCUGGCCUGCAGGGCCUCCCCAACCACAUCCAGCAGGAGGCGCUCUCCCUCAGCCACUCCGCCGCACAGGUCUACACCAGUUUCAGCAAAGCCAACGCGCUGGGAGACCUGCCAGACACGGUGCUGAUCAGCACCAAGGUCCAGAUGGGCAAGAUGAAGGACUCCUUGGACCACGUCAUGGAUUACCUGGUCAACAACACGCCGCUCAACUGGUUGGUGGGUCCCUUCUACCCGCGGAUGUCCUCCGACGCCAGAAGCACGCAGCAGGAGUCGCCGAGCUCCCCGCCUACCCGGCCGUGCACAGAGGAGCCCGCGGGAGUGGAGAUGGAGUCGCUACAUCUCCAGCAGCAGUCUACUACAGAUUUGCACUUUCAGUCUUAGAAAAAAUGUGAAGUGACGGCUUUAUAUGUCAAGAUGUUAUAAAACAUGUUUUAUUAAUGUUGAAAUCUUUGAUUUAGAAGUGGGCGAACUCUUACUCUGGCUGUUAUUACAUGGACAACAAAUGACUUUUCAGCUCUGCAUGGUUUUAUAAUCAGUAUAUUGACCAGCUCAUGUGACAAAGUUCAGUUGGACUGCAGAUUUGUUGUGACCAAGUUUUUCCAUCGAACAUGAUGGAAAAACAUCCCAUUAAAUCAUUUCUUAAGUCUUAA